UACUAAUACGGAGCAUUUGACCUGAUCUCUGCAGCUGAAUCUCCUGAUAGUAGGAUUAGGAAAGAGUGCCUUCAGAACCAAUAUGUAGCAAAUGGGUGUCACACCUCUGAAGCUGCUGUCUGGGUUGAACACUUGCAUGUUUUAAGGAUCCUUGUUGCCUCAGCAUUGAAUUUUUCUUGUGGACUUCAGAAACAGAUUUCAUGUGGUGCUUGCUGAACAUUGAAUCACCAUGAGUAGUAAUCUAGGAAAAGAAAAGGACUGUAAAGAGAAGGAUCCAAAAGUCCAAUCAUCAAAAGAAAGGGAGAAGGAGGCUAAGGCCUCUGGAGGAUUUGGGAAAGAGGGCAAAGAAAAGGAGCCUAAGACCAAAGGGAAAGAUGCCAAAGAUGGAAAGAAGGACUCCAGUAGCACGCAGCCUGGGGUAGCUUUUUCAGUGGACAAUACGAUAAAAAGACCUAAUCCUGCCACAGGUACUCGCAAAAAAUCCAGCAAUGCUGAAGUGAUCAAAGAGCUAAAUAAAUGCCGGGAGGAGAAUUCUAUGCGCUUGGACUUGUCCAAGAGGUCUAUACACUUGCUUCCAUCAGCUAUCAAAGAGCUAACGCAGUUAACAGAACUUUAUUUAUACAGUAACAAACUGCAGUGCCUACCAGCAGAGGUGGGCUGUCUUGUGAACCUGGUGACACUGGCUCUGAGUGAAAACUCACUCACCAGUUUGCCUGACUCUCUUGAUAACUUGAAGAAACUGCGCAUGCUUGACCUGCGGCAUAACAAACUGCGAGAAAUCCCCUCGGUGGUGUACAGGCUAAGCUCCCUCGCCACUCUGUACCUACGCUUUAAUCGUAUAACUACUGUGGAAAAGGAUAUCAAAAACUUGUCAAAACUCACCAUGCUUAGCAUACGAGAGAACAAAAUCAAGCAACUACCUGCUGAAAUUGGUGAGUUGUGUAACCUCAUAACGCUGGAUGUAGCGCACAAUCAGCUUGAACAUCUUCCAGAAGAGAUUGGAAGCUGCACACAGAUCACCAACCUUGACUUGCAGCACAAUGAGCUCCUGGACCUGCCAGAAACCAUAGGAAAUCUGUCCAGUCUAAGUCGUCUUGGCCUGAGGUACAAUAGGCUGUCAGCAAUUCCCAAGUCUUUAGCAAAAUGCAGUGAACUCGAUGAGCUGAACUUGGAGAACAACAACAUUUCUACUUUACCAGAGGGUCUUUUAUCCAGCCUUGUCAAACUGACUAGUUUAACAUUGGCCAGGAACUGCUUCCAGUCCUAUCCUGUGGGUGGCCCGUCCCAGUUCUCCACAAUCUACUCUCUCAAUAUGGAGCACAACCGCAUCAAUAAAAUCCCCUUUGGAAUUUUCUCUAGAGCUAAAGUAUUAAGUAAGCUGAACAUGAAGGACAAUCAGCUGACGUCUCUCCCCUUGGACUUCGGGACUUGGACAAGCAUGGUAGAGCUGAACUUAGCGACUAACCAGCUCACAAAAAUCCCUGAGGAUGUAUCUGGGCUUGUUUCUCUUGAGGUUCUUAUCUUGUCAAACAAUCUCCUAAAGAAACUUCCACAUGGAAUUGGAAAUCUACGGAAACUCCGAGAGUUAGAUCUAGAGGAAAACAAACUGGAAUCCUUGCCAAAUGAAAUAGCUUACCUCAAGGAUCUGCAGAAAUUGGUUCUGACUAACAAUCAGCUGACCACCCUUCCCAGAGGAAUCGGUCACCUCACCAAUCUGACGCACCUUGGGCUCGGAGAGAACCUUCUCACACACCUUCCUGAGGAAAUUGGUACACUGGAGAAUCUGGAAGAACUGUAUUUGAAUGACAACCCCAAUCUGCACAGCCUUCCCUUUGAGCUGGCUCUUUGCAGCAAACUGUCAAUAAUGAGUAUUGAGAACUGCCCACUCAGCCACCUUCCACCUCAGAUUGUUGCAGGAGGACCCUCCUUCAUCAUUCAGUUCCUAAAAAUGCAGGGACCAUAUCGUGCCAUGGUCUGAUGCUCAUCGACUUGUCCAAUACACUGUACAAAAUACA